AUGGCGCUCGUCGGCAACGGAGCAGAGUUGGAAGUGGACGAGGACAUCUUUGAAGAUGCUUUGGAAACCCUCUCUGUGCCUUCUCGUGUAGAUAUGGCAACAAGCAGCCAGCACUUCUCAUCAUUCAAUUCAAAACAGGCACCGGGACAGCACCGAACGUCUCAUGCGAAAAGGUCACUGUCAACUAAGGUGGAUCUUAGGAGUGGCCUCGAAGAAUGUGCAAUGGCAUUGAACUUAUUUCUAAGUAACAAAUUUACAGAUGCCUUAGAAUUGCUUCGACCAUGGGCUAAGGAGAGCAUGUACCAUGCCUUGGGCUACAGUACCAUUGUGGUGUUGCAGGCUGUCAUGACCUUCGAGCAACAGGACAUCCAAAACGGCAUUUCUGCCAUGAAGGACGCCUUGCAAACCUGCCAAAAAUACAGGAAGAAAUGCACAGUUGUAGAGUCUUUCUCAAGCCUUCUUUCAAGAGGAUCCUUGGAACAGCUGACUGAAGAGGAAAUGCAUGCUGAAAUCUGUUAUGCCGAGUGCCUCCUACAGAAAGCAGCCCUCACGUUUGUGCAGGAUGAAAAUAUGAUCAACUUCAUCAAAGGUGGACUCAAAAUUAGAACAAGUUACCAAAUAUAUAAAGAAUGUCUUUCAAUCCUGCAUGUAAUUCAGAAGAACAAAGUUGAGCAGCAGUUCUUCUACGAGUUUGAAGGGGGUGUCAAGCUUGGAAUAGGGGCCUUUAAUUUGAUGCUGUCCCUUUUACCAGCACGGAUUAUCAGACUACUAGAAUUUAUAGGAUUUUCUGGAAAUAGGGAGUUGGGCAUCCUGCAGUUACGGGAAGGCGCCUUAGGAAGAAGCAUGAGGUCUCCACUGUGCUGCUUAACUAUACUAGCUUUUCAUACGUACAUCUCUCUGAUACUUGGUACGGGAGAAGUGAAUGUUGUGGAAGCAGAGAGUCUCCUUGAACCCUACCUCCAGCAGUUUCCAAAUGGCUCCCUUGUGUUGUUCUAUCAUGGCCGGAUAGAGCUGCUGAAAGGCAAUGUGGAAGAGGCACAAGAGAUAUUUCGAAAAUGCAUUUCAGUUCAAGAAGAAUGGAAACAGUUUCACCAUCUCUGUUACUGGGAGCUGAUGUGGAUUUUUGUAUUCCAACAAAACUGGAGAGAGGCAUAUUACUAUUCAGAUCUGCUUUGCAAAGAGAGUAAAUGGUCCAAGGCAACAUAUGUGUUCUUAAAAGCUGCAAUUUUGAGUAUGCUUCCAGAAGAGGAUGUGGUAGCAACUAAAGAGGAUGUGGUAACUUUAUUCAGACAGGUGGAUGGCUUGAAGCAGAGAAUUGCUGGGAAAUCGAUCCCUACUGAGAAGUUUGCAGUGAGGAAGGCUCGACGUUACUCUCCCUCGUUGCCAGCACCCGUGAAGCUUGUUUUGCCUGCCCUGGAAAUGAUGUAUGUUUGGAAUGGUUUUCCACUAGUGAGUAAAAGAAAAGACCUUUCUGAAAAUCUGUUGGUAACUGUGGAAAAGGCCGAGGCAGCUCUACAAAGUGAGAGUAAUGACUACUCCGUAGAUGACGACUGCCUAGUGAAACUGCUAAAAGGAUGCUGCCUGAAGAACUUACAGCGGCCCUUGCAAGCAGAAUUGUGCUUCAAUCACGUUGUCCAAAGUGAAAAGCUACUGAAGUAUGACCACUACCUAGUGCCAUUUACUCUGUUUGAACUGGCAUUUUUGUAUAAAAACCAAGGAGAAAUUGACAAGGCCAUAAAGGUCCUAGAAACUGCAAGAAAUAACUACAAAGAUUACUCACUGGAGUCCAGACUACACUUCAGAAUUCAGGCAGCUCUUCACCUCUGGAAAAAAUCGUCUUCAGAUUGA